CAUGUCAAAUGAAACGUCACGCUGACAAAAGUCAAAAAGUGGCCAAAAGCGAGGCUUCUUGUAGUGUUUUUGUUUUGAGAAACCACAACAGUCGUACCGCAAAAUGCCGAAAAAUAUUACGACUGAGGUCCGGGAGAUAAUAUUGAAAGUAAAGGAGUUUAUGGACGAGGAGAAACGUAUGCAAGUGCCGAUAAUACCACUCAGUAAAGUGUAUGUGCGGGUUUCCGCCGCUACAGGAGUAUCGGAACGCACAGUCCUGAACAUCGUGAAAGAGGCGAGGCUGGUCGAGCAAGGCUUGCUGGACCCUGAAACGCUGAAGAAAACUCCAAAGAAACGCGUCAGAACCAAGGGCAAGAUAGAAGUAGACGAAUACGACCUCCAGGUUAUACGCAGAAAAAUCCAUGAGUUCUAUGCAUUCAAGAAAGAAGUACCAACCAUCAACAAACUUCUGCAGAUAUUAAAAGAAGAAAUUAACUUCAAAGGAUCUCGAGAGACGUUGAGGAAGAUCCUCAGGAAAAACGGCUUCCAAUUCAGGAAGACUAAGAAUAACAAGGAGAAAGAACAACCUCCGGAGUCCACAUCCGCCGUUCCUCCGAUGGUGGCCCCGUACAUUCACUCGGUGUUCAGCCACAAAACUUUACAAUCAUAGAUUUUAUAUGUACGUAUAGGUAUAGGCAGCUUAAUUUAGGUUUAAAUUACUUCUCACAAACUAAUAUUUCCUUUGGGAAAAUUCCAUUGAAGUUGUCGCAGUUUUAUAUGAGUGAAGUUUCAAGGUAAAAUUAUCAUCGAGUGUUUGAAUUAUGAGUGUCUUGUCCGAGGGGAGCGUGUUCUCAUGCAUAAAAUUUCCUUGGAAAUGGAUAUAAAAAACUUUUUAAUGCAUAACGUAUACAGCACAUUUGUGUCUACAGGUAUUCUAUGCAUUAUUCAGUUUUUGUGUUGAAUGCAUCUUUUAUUUUAGUAAUUCCUUAAAAAAAAAUGUUAUAUGCAUUAAGCACAGGUGAUUUUCAAUUGGUUUUAACCAGUUUUUAUAUUGGUUCGUUUAGUUUUCGUAUUUAGAUUCGAUAAUCAAAUUGUUGAAUUUUGAAUUCAAACCAGUGUCUAAUAAUAUAUUUGUUCCAUAUUUAAUAGAACUUAUAGUUUAACUGGUUAUAAAAUGUGUUACUUUAGUUAUAUGCACCUCUGCUUGCCCCUAAAAUCCAGUAACUAUUUAAAUGUUAGUAUGUGAGAAGCAACCACAGUACAUACCUGUAGGUAUAGCAGUAUAUAGAUCUAAAGACAGAAACCCAUCUUUGUACCAGUAAAUUAUAUAUGUUUGGUGUAGUAGUGUGUAUAUUGUAUUAGAAAACGACAAUUGGUAUUGUGUACUCUAUGUUCCUGUCCAUGCUUCCUUCAGAUUUAGUCAAAAUUACUAUCCAUUCUUUAAUGCUACAUGAAACUAAAUAAAACGAUGUUUAUCUCUGUAAACAGGCUACAGAUGGAAAGUUUUACAUAGGUUUUAUUUUAAAACUAAGCUAGAUGAGGCCGAUAUUGCCUGCCUGCUUAAGAAGGGAUUUAAGAAACAAAAUUAUUUAACGGGAUUAUUAUUGUCAAUAUUGCAUUCAUUAUAACUGAUGACUUUAAUAUUAAUUAAAGGAAUUUAAAUAAGAAACACUACACAUUUGUACCACAGAAUCAUAGACUGCUUCUAUUUUAUUACAUAGUUGAUGUUGUCAAAAAAACUAAAAUAUAUGGAAUGCCAAAAUUUAAAAUUAUUUCAACAAUAACAGAUAGUCGCCUUGACUGAGGCCCAUUGCGAAAGGAGAAUUUACUAUUCCUAAAAAAAAAUUGGUUAUUUAAAAACAUUGCUAGAGAGGGGGCUUCUCUAGCAAUGUUUUACGCACGCACUAUUGCGUUCAAUUUUUACCCUUCUCAUGUGCAAGACACUCACAAGUACGGCGGAUGCCCCCGACUCGUCUAUGCGCCUAUUGUAUAAUCACAAAAAUAUAAUAAUAUUCUAGUGAAUGACAUUUUACGUGAAUACUAAAACGGCACUCAAUUAUAGGACGCUCUCUAACAUAUUUCUAUCUUCUAACUACUUUAUGCAGUAUUUAAGUACAACUUCAAAUUGAGUACUGUUUCAGCAUUCAAGCGUAUUUCUUGAUUUCAAAGUAAAGGCACGACAAACAAUUAGGUGAGGCUACUUUAACGCUUUUCAUUCUCAUUUAGUAUCAAAGGCUUUUUUCCAUCCUAUUUUUGUCAGCCCAUAAAAUGGAAUGUCAAUCUUCUACCUCAACCUCGCUUAGACUUGGGCGCCAAGUCUCCAUGGACAUACCAUAGACGGUUUAUGUACUUAACUAUUAGAAAUUAAUUAGUAUUUUUCAAAUAAUACGUAGUUACUCGAGACCGAGUCUUCCGGUGAGAUUCAGCUAAACCUAAAACCCCAAAACGCCUCACAUAAUUUUUACCAGUACAUACUAACUAAUAUUCAAUAUUACUCGUAUGGCCCUAACAAUAAAUAAUGAACUUUGUCACAAGAUCUUAAAGUUCCUAUUUCUAAAUAUUGUGUUUUGACUAAAAACCUGUGAAUUUAUUAAUGAAGUACAUACCUACCACUUUUAUAGCGGACUGCGUAAUUUUUAAUAUUUGACUACAAUUAAUAUACGGCUAAAUAAAAAUAUGUACAUACUACAUAGGUACAUGUCUUCUGGUUUCAAGUUUAUGUAAUGUUAUGUGGCUGACAGUAUAUAGAAAGGUGUUACAUUUAAUUUAAAAAUCAGCUCCUUUCCUAGACAGUUUGUUUAUGAUGAUUCAUGAUUUAAAAUUUUAUAAUACAUUGAAACAAUGAAGGUAUACUAUAUACCUUAAUUGUAAGAUUUGUGUUGUAUAUUAAGUUACUUAUUAACUAUUAGACAUUGCACUAUUUUAUGAAAAGUUCAUAUAAGGCUCAUUUUCUAAAUUAUUACUAUAAUGUCUAUUGCUAGUGCCAAGAAUUAAGAUUUGGUUUGAUAUUCCGAGAAUUAUUAAUUAAUUCCUUAUUUACAAUUAACAUUAUUAUAGAUUGAAUUGGCUAUGGAUUAUAUAUGGAUGUUUGUGACAUGUUAGUUAAUGUAUGUGUGAAAAUAACAAGAGCCAUAAGUUUAUAAAAUUGCUAGGAAAUAUAAACUUCUGUAGGAUUCUAAACGAGAGAUGAAUGUUAUUAUUUUACGACGCACAUUUCUUUAAAAUGUAUCGAUUUGUUACGUCUCGUGGUAAAUACCCAAUUGUGAGAUACAUUUAGAAUCCUAUGUAAGUUUCCUAGAUUUUUUAAUUAUUUUACAUAUCCUAGGAAGUUUAUAUAAUUUAAAUUUUCCUAAGUUUAUAUUUUUUCUGGGAAAUUUAUAAUCUUACGGUUCUUGUUAUAUCCUGGUGAAAAAAUGCACAAGAAUUUGGUAUCCAGCCCAGAUAGUAUUUCCUCACUACAUAGACAGUAACUAGAAAUUAAAAAACAACAUCUUUUAUAAGAAUUGGCAGUAAUUAUCAAUGGUUACUAUCUCCGUACUGAAGCAAUCUGUUUUAAAUAAUUUACUUACAUAUCAAGUUCUUGGGUUGAUUUUACUGUAUAUCGUUUUUGAUGUACCUUUCAACAUUAUUUAGUACAUUUAGUGGGACAUAAUAUAGUGCCAUCAGACAUAAAUCAAUCUGUCUGUUUUUCUGCCGUAUUCAGAGACAUUUAAUGAUUAAAACUAUUCCUUACUGCCGUACUUAGACAUUUAAUUAUUACUUAAACUUAUUCAUUGGUAACGAAUUUGUUCUAUUGCUAAGAACUGGGUCAAGUUACCAUUAAAUGACUUUUAAGUACGGCAGUAUGUCAGGUUACCUAACUAAUAGGUUAAAUGGGUAUAAAGGCUACUUCUCGUACGGAGAAGGUAUAAACAUUACAACACUAUCUCGCGCACUCAGAGACAUUUAAUGGUUACUUAACCCAAUCCUUAGCAAUUGUUUUCCAUACAAAAUCCUUACUAAAGAAUAGUUUAAGUAAUCAUUAAAUGACUCUGAGUGUGGCAGUAUGUCCUCAAGAAGAAAUGGCUAAACAUCUUAAGUUAAGUUUUAAUCAAGAUAAUUAUAUUUUAUUACCGGUAAACUAUGGCAACUUUACCAGACCCUUGGCAACUUUACCAUACUAUAGGUAUUCAGUAUAAACUCAUUUAUCUAAAAAUCUACCCACUAGAAUUCUGUUUUGUAAUAGUAGUAUUUUUUAGACAUUAAAAAGAAAUAUUUACUAUAUUUUGCGUAGACGCAAGACUGCUAUUAUGCCAGUAAUGGCCGUCACAGUGUAGUGCGUGAAAAUGUGCUAAAAGUUAGUAGUUCCCAAAUUGUGCUCACAGAGCCUUAAUUAUAUGUCACAGGUGAGUGAAAUUUUGAUCUUGAAUGUAUAAUAUAGUUGGGAUUACUGUUGUAAUGUCAGCAAUUGCUUUUUCUUUAAUUUAUUGAUAAAUAAUCGCUUCGGUAAUGUUGACACAGGUUAGGUAAAGUUGCCACGGCCUGCUUUGUGGCAACUUUACCUACAGUUAGGGUUGGCAAUAAAUGUUUUUUUCUUGUUUGUGUGUAUGUAACCAUUUUCAAAUACCUAAAUUUCCCAGCAUAAUAGUGAAUAUCCUAGAUGAUAAGUUAUAAUGUAUUUAAUAAUACCUUUUGUUUUAGAGCCAAAAUGGCUCACAUGAAACAAAACCGCAGAUAACUCGGAGUUAGACAAUAUAAAAAGUAUACGAAAGUAAUGUUAAAAUUAGCUAUGAAGAUAGUGAAGUCAAAAAAUUAAAAAGUCAAAAGAUUAAACAUUAUUUUGUAGCCUUUUUUUACAAUUUUAAACAUAAAUACUUAAAAUUUUAGAACUUAAUUUAGUUUAAAAGGGAACAAUAUUUAUGUCAGAUAUUUAUGCUUUUUUUUACUUUAGGUUUAAGGUUUAUAUU